UACUCUCGCUCGAUGGAGCCCUGAGCCCUGGCGAUAGGUUAGCUUAGGUAGGAUGGAACCUUCCGUACCUGGUUUCAGGAGAUGCCGCCAUGCCUAAUCUGUCAUCUGCACUAAGCUCGAUCUGCAGCGCACAACUUUCAAGCUGCCAAAUCUUUGGACCAGGAACGGUUACGAUCUUCCGGACCUCUACCGAAUAUGAUUUGAAUUCUGGAGAGAGCAUGGUUUCGAUCACGAUUGAAUAUUGCUGGCAGGAUCCCAUCCCCAUACUCCGUAUUCUGGCCACCCCCCCCGGCCUUUGUCCGGCCUGGUUCUCUUGGACUGGCGUGCUCUGUAUCGGCCACCGUUUCAUACGGGUGGUCAAUGAGUGGAGACCUUUUCUCGCCGCCGAUUUCUCUUGUUCGCCGUUCCAGAAGCUGAUCGCAUGGUCCAAUGGUGGUCAAUUCCUUCGAUGAGUGCUCAUGAUGGUUGACCCCACCGGUAUCGUGAGGACUCGGAAAGCCAGGAGUAUCGACUGAUCUUCUGGUCCUCCAAACUGAUGUCUCGUGCCCUAUAGUUACCUUGGUAAUGCGCCGAAACGGUUUUUCUCGGAGACACCGUGGAUCCAGGAUAAGACGUUAUUCAAC